AUGUCGCGGACAUCAAAAGACACGCAAAGGGAGAACCCACACAUGGACUUGGAUCCGAGAUAUGACGACUAUGACUUUCCGACCACUGCCCCGGAGGCCCAGCCCGGACAUCCAGGCCAUACGACGAAGGAGCAAGAUGCACAAGUGCACCAGCUGAGAGCCAUGCUGGAACAACUAGGCUACAAGGAGAGGCUGGACACGUUGACUCUACUACGGUUCCUGCGGGCACGAAAGUUCAAUGUCGAGGCCGCUAAGCAGAUGUUCAUCAAAAACGAGCAGUGGCGCAAGGAAUUUGGCGUUGAUGAUCUCGUUCGCAACUUUGAGUACACCGAACGUCCGCAAGUAUUCCAAUACUACCCGCAGUACUACCACAAGACCGAUAAGGAUGGCCGGCCGGUAUACAUCGAGCAAUAUGGCAAAAUCGACUUGAACGCCAUGUACAAGAUUACAACCGCAGAACGUAUGAUUCAGAACUUGGUCGUGGAGUACGAAAAGGUGGCCGACCCACGUCUUCCGGCGUGCAGUCGCAAGGCGGGUAAGCUUCUCGAGACUUGCUGCACGAUCAUGGACAUGAAAGGCGUUGGUGUGAGCAAGAUCCCAUCCGUCUACGGUUACCUCAAAUCGGUCAGUGCCAUCUCGCAAGAUUAUUAUCCCGAGCGGUUGGGCAAGCUGUACAUCAUCAACGCUCCUUGGGGCUUCAGCAGCGUGUUCAGCUUCAUCAAAGGCUUCCUCGACCCCAUCACCGUCGCCAAGAUCCAUGUGUUGGGGUCAAACUAUCUGCCUGAACUGUUGAAGCAGGUGCCUGCAGAAAAUCUUCCCAAGUCAUUGGGCGGGACGUGCGUGUGCGAAGGCGGGUGCGAGUAUAGCGACGAAGGUCCUUGGAAAGAUCCGAAAUACGCACGGCCGCCGAAAUGGGCCAAGCAGGAUCCAGUUACGGGCAAGGACGCUGCAAAUGUCGUCCAGCCGGCGCCUACCGAUGGCGCUCAGGAUCCUUUGAGCUCGUCCAAGCCGGCCCCAUCGUCAGCACCGGUCGAGGCGGAGAACGCUCCGGCCGAGGGACCCAAGAUGCCUCUGGCGGACGCUUAA